GUACGAAUGCCUCAAACAACUACGUAUGUUGUGAACAACGGACUGACUCUUGGAUCUGGAGCACCUCAGCUCACAGUGCAUCAUCGACCACCACAAGUGCAUGCUGAGCCACCGCGCCCUGUACAUCCCGCCCCGCUCCCGGAGGCACCGCAGCCCCCACGUCUGCCCCCCGAAGCUGCCAACACUUCUCCGCCUCAAAAGCCGCAGCUGAAGCUGGCGCGGGUACAGAGCCAGAACGGGAUUGUGCUGUCGUGGAGCGUCAUGGAGGUGGACCGGAGCUGUGCCACGGUGGACAGUUACCAUCUCUAUGCCUACCACGAGGACCCGAGCGCCACUAUGCCCUCGCAGUGGAAGAAGAUCGGGGAAGUGAAGGCCCUCCCGCUCCCUAUGGCAUGCACUCUUACACAGUUUGUGUCUGGCAGCAAAUAUUACUUUGCGGUCCGGGCUAAGGACAUCUACGGACGUUUUGGACCCUUCUGUGACCCCCAGUCCACAGAUGUGAUCUCUUCCCAGAGCAGUUAAACUAGAGAUCUUUGGAGCCUUUAAACUUGGCCUACCACCAAGAAUUACCCCAGUUUUGGGGGGUUGAUCCCAUGCAUGAAGUUCACUUUUAAACCCA